AUGCAGGGGAAGCUUUCUCUCAACAUGGUAAACGCUGCGACUACGACGGGCUCCAUGAAAACAGCUGGACUGUCUCUUCUCCUGUUGUCUUUUCUUCUGUACAUAGCUGAUUCUUACCCCAACGUCGACCUUUCAAACAUGGGCUGCGAGGAGUGCACGCUGAGGAUGAACAGUUUCUUCUCCAGGGAUCGGCCCAUUUACCAGUGCAUGGGCUGCUGCUUCUCCAGAGCGUACCCGACGCCUCUCAAGUCCAUGAAGACCAUGACCAUCCCAAAGAACAUCACCUCAGAGGCCUCGUGCUGCGUCGCAAAGCACAGCUACGAGACAGAGGUAGCUGGCAUCAAGGUGAGAAACCACACACACUGCCACUGCAGCACCUGCUAUUUCCAUAAGAUCUGACCGACGAGGACCAGAGAACGUCCUGC